AUGGGCUGGAAAGCCCCUUUCAGAGGGUCUUCAAAUCUAAAAAGGAAGUGUUGUUUGUAGGACAUGAAUGAUUAAGUUUGUUCAACUUGAGCAUAGGCGUUGUGAGAGUUCUAGCUAAUGAAUAGCCUAACUUAGCAGGCGUAAAAUAAACAAACAAUCUCAAUCAUAUUUAGAUGGUCGUCCGCGCCAGGGUAUCAAUCAGCUUGCCUGGCUCUUUGUGUGCGCAUGUUUUGUUUGUGUUGAACAAGAACAGUUCUCGUGGCUUGUUAGAUGAUUUGCAAUGUGUUAAUGUCAAUAAGAUUACAUAGUGCAUACGGUGCUUAUUUUUACUGAAAGGUUAGGGAAAGUGGCCUGUAGACGUUGCAAAGUGACAAAUAAAUAAGGAGUUUGAAGAGGAGAUGGGAAAUUGUCUAAAAUCUCCAACCUCGGAUGACAUUUCCUUGCUUCAUGAAUCACAAUCGGAUAGAGCUAGUUAUGGUGACGGGGCAGAUACAGACCAGGAACCACCGCCACCAUACCAGUAAUUACCAAGGUCUAUUCUCAGGCCUCCGUCUGGGAAUUUCCACAGUGCUACACAACUGUUUUGUCGUUCACCACCAGGAGCUGCCAGUGUACCACCCCACGCCCAGUCAGGCCCGCAUGGCCAGCCAGCUGACUGAGGAGGAGCAGGUCCGCAUUGCCCAGCGCAUUGGCCUCAUCCAACACCUCCCCAAGGGAGUGUACGAUGCUGGCAGGGACGGCUCCGAAAAGAAAAUUAGAGAGUGUGUGAUUUGCAUGACGGACUUUGUGUAUGGGGAUCCCAUCCGGUUCCUGCCAUGCAUGCACAUCUACCACAUGGACUGUAUAGAUGACUGGCUGAUGCGCUCCUUCACCUGCCCCUCCUGCAUGGAGCCAGUGGAUGCUGCGCUGCUCUCCUCCUACGAGACCAACUGAGACACAACACCACCCCCCCACCACCACCCCUGCUCGCUGUUCUGACUUACUCCCUUACUCCACCCAUGCUUCCAUCUCCAGCACCCCCACAACCAGCAGACAGCACUUCCAACAGCCUGGAGAACCAGGGUCUCUGGGGGCAGAUGUGGGCUGUGUGGUGGUGAUGAAGGGUGUUGUAGAGGGUUGGUGGAGGCCAUGGAUGGCUAAUCCAGAGAGGGGUCCUUUGCUCUGAGCUGGCCAGGUCUGCUGGACAGGAAAGCCCCGACUGGGGAAGGACAUUGGAUAUUGGUGAUCAAGACUAGAUCGUCUCGUGUCACCAUCCAUCCACACCCAGAAUUCCCCUCUCUCACUACCACACUGUUGUAGUAAAUGCCCUAGAAGGGAGGGGAAGGAAAGCAACAAAACUCUCUCUAGAAAUACUGAUAUCUGCAAAUAUUUUCUCUCCUCAUUGUGUUCAACUCAACAUCUGUUCCAGAAGUCGUCUUAAGGGCUCAGUGGAUUACAUUUACUAACACAGAUAAGUAAACGAUUAUUGCACAUGUACACAAAUCAGAGGAACUUGCACUUCUAUUCUAGUCUCAGUGGAAGAGUUCAGCAUAUGCUUACAAAUGUUUGAAAAUUAUUUCAGAUUUUCCCCAUUAUUUAGUAUCUGCAACAUGUUUUUUUUUUCAAACCAUUGUAAUUGUUUCAGCCCAAUGGUAAGGUCUGUUUUCCUGAAGUUGACAUUUUAUCCUUAAUUGGUGAGUUUCUUAGACUAAUGAUGAAUCAGUUAAAAAGUGUCCCUAUUGGAUGAAGAGGUUUGGGGUCUGCACUUGAUUAUUACAAAGGAUUAGGCCUGUUAGGGUUUGGUCAAAAGGUGUUAUCGAUCAUAAUGCUCCUUAACUGCUGUUGCUUAGCACAGUUCUUAAAUUGCACAUCAGAAAUAUUCAACGUUUACUGCACCCAAUUCAGCACAAGUGUCUUAAUCUUAUUACCAAGUACGCCAUAUGAUUUAUCAUAAUGCAUACACACUGGAGUCAUUGAAUUAAUUUACAUGAAUUUAGUCACAUGCCCUAGAGCAGUGGUCACCAACCUGUCUAUCGCCAUCGACUGGUCAAUCUCUAAGCAUUCCUAGUCGAUCACCAAACAUUUCUGUAAAAAACCCAACAAUAAAGUCUUGCGUUCCUCAUUUUUUUAUUUGUUUCGCGCUGUUGGUGGUAGGUGCACUUGAUUCAGCAGCCCUAGUGCUGUUGGUGGUAGGUGCACUUGAUUCAGCAGCCCUAGUGCUGUUGGUGGUAGGUGCACUUGAUUCAGCAGCCCUAGUGCUGUUGGUGGUAGGUGCACUUGAUUCAGCAGCCCUAGUGCUGUUGGUGGUAGGUGCACUUGAUUCAGCAGCCCGGGAAGGCAAAGUGUUCCCCUUUUGAACCAUUUCAUGUGUCUGAAGGUAGAACUCUGCCUACCUGGCAGGCCAGUAGAGCAAAUCAACAGUGCACCUAUAAGCCUAAUGCUGGCCAAUCAAAUGGCUCAGAUAACCGUGUCUGCACAGUUUCCUCGAGCCAUAGACUAUAAAAAGACGCAUCAAACGCACAGCAAAGUCAAUACUGUGAGAUUUCAAAACGUUUAAAACUAUGACCUAGAGAGAGACUCAACGAAUACAGCAAAGAGAUGCAGUUUUUAUGAGUAAGUUCAUGUUUAAGGUGUUAUUCAGCACUGUCAACACGAUGUUCAACACUUUUAUAAGCCAUAAAAUGCACAUUCUCCCUACUUCCACUCAAGCUACACCCAGCACUGCAGCUGCAAUGAAUGAGUAUAGCAAAGUGAUCCAAUAAGCUUGCCUUGUUAUUAUUAGCGGCUUGUCUUUUUUAAUAUCAAGGAAUAUUUCACUUUCUCUGGUCAUUGGAGUAACAACAUUAAUUGGUGCAUGAGGCAGAAAUAAUGCAGUGCGACUUGAGUUUCGCCAUCAGCUGGAAGACUGUCCCCUUUUCUAAGCGGGGGGGGCGGUCAGACGGGUGAGAGGAAGCAUUACCACUGCUCCCUCUUUUUCCCUCAGACUGACCAUCAGAUGCAGUCCAUCAGUCCAGUAAAAAAUUAAAUAAAGAAAAAUAAGCUGUGCCUCACAAGUAAUACAACAAAUGAUCUAUUACCGGUGCGAUCAUAUACCAACAUGUUUUAAAAAUAUUAUUUCUAACUGGUCUGAGAAGAACAACAUUGGCAGGGCAAUUCAAGCAUAGCCAAUAUGCAGUGGUAAUAUAUUGGGCCUGUAGCCUAGUGCACAAACCUCAUUGCUACAGAACUGUUUUUAAUUGGUUAAUGUUGCUUAGGUUUUUUACGUCAUGUAAAAAAAAAUUACAAAAAUCUGAGCGGUAGAUCUUGGCUUGCAUUUUGACUCAGUGAUCUUGACUCAGAAAAGGUUGGUGGCCACACUGCCCUAGAGUUUAUUUCUUAGUUCAGCAUAUGAGCCAUCACAUUGUUGUGCAAGGGGUUUGGAUGUGAUGGUGCUAACCACCCCAGCUUCUUAGAUUUUUGUAGUGAGUCAUCUGUCUGAGUAUGUGCAUUUUUUUUUUUAUCCUACUUGUAAAUAAUGUUUUCAUAAUUAAAAAUAGAAAAUAUCCCUUGUGUAUUAUCAUAACAUGCUGGGACCUGUUAACAAUUGUUCAAUCAGCACAGUUGGCUAUAGCAAAAAGUUCAAAUAAUGGGUAUGGUUUUGGUCAUUAAUUAUGUUGCUGUAUUUUGAGUGGCAAAAAUUUAAUUGAAUGUAUAUUGGGAAAAAAUUGUGUAAGUUUUUCCAAAAUGGGGACAGGUAGCUCUCGUGAGGUGAUCAUUAUGAUUUAAUCAGAAAGUAUUUAAGAUGUACUUUGUUAAAGACUACCCCUAAAAAGCAACUUCUUGUUUUGAAAAUGGCCAAUGUGAUAUGAGUCAGAAACAUUUAUUCUAGUGUCAAAAUUGACUACAAAGUGUAAAUAGGAUAAUUUUGGUCAUAAAGUUGGUCUAGUACAAAAACUGAGAUUUGUGAGAUGAUAGGAAAAAAUGGUAUGUCAUGGAUUGAAGGGUAUCGUAACCUUUUUCCAUUUUAUUUUUAAGCCAGCCCACAGCUGGCCGCACCAAAGUAAUCAUCAUUUCUGAGCGCAGCUACAUGCAAGAGGAAGUUGCCGCCACUAUUUUGACAUAGUUUUCUGUCCUAGAAAGGAAAUGCACAUUUAGGUUCCACCUACGAAGAAUGACGAAAGCUAUUUAUACCUAUUCACAAAUUGGGUCUGGGAAUUUCCACAGAGUUGAUAAAUGUCAACAAAUGAGGCACUGACAUUGUAGGUAGCUAGCAUGCUAACCUUAUCUAGCUAGCUAGCUAUCUUGCAAACCUUAUCUAGCUAGUUAAUGUUAUCUUUUGUUUUUACUAUAUGGUAUUCAAAAGCCAGCUUGGCUGUAUGGCUGGUUCUGGAGAUGAAUUUGUCAUAAGCAUCGAUUUAGGGAAAACCAAAGCCACAGAUAGGCCAGUGGUUUCUAUCUUUGACUUUGCCAUCUAUUGUUAUCUCUGUUUGGGCAUUUUCUAAUAAUUGUGGCCUCGAAUUUGGGAUAUAAAUAUUUAGAAAGAGUAAUAUGAAGCUCUGGUAAUAUGGAUAACUAUUGAAAUAUAAUAUGUUUUUUUUUUUACAUUGUAAUGGACACGGUGCAACCUUUGGUAGGAAGAUUGCUGGAAGGCUUCAGCUGCAGUACAGCAAAGCCAAGUCAGCCCGUGCUCAUGGUUCUCACAGUGGAAGUGAAAUGAUAGACUACAAUGACUAUGAUCAUGCACGCCUCAAAUGACAUGUAAUUAAAGUAGUGAAGCCAUUCAUCUUGGGGAGACUGGGGCAGCGGGUUUUCAAAAUGCUUUUCUACCAUUUAAAAAAAUGGUCAGAUAUAUAUAUAUAUUUUUUUUAAUAUAGACAGUCUAAAAAAAGAAGUGAAAAUUGACAAAUUAUCCAAUGGAUUAUGAUCAUUUUCUGGUCAAAAAAGGGGAGGUGUUUGCACCCCCAUUUUAAUUUGCUCCAUGUCUCAGGCUCUUUGGCUCAUCUCAGUUGCGAAGAGAAAUAACUUUGCAGCUGUUUCUGAUUAAUAAACAAUGCCAUAUUGGUGGGUUGUAACAUUCAAAUAGAACCCAGUGCUGAAAUAAUGUAUAUGUCAUAGCAGAGGGAAAGACACUGCAUUCACAGAUUUGCACAAAGUGGGAAGUUUGGAUUUGUCACUUCAAGCCCAAAUAUAUUGUACUUUGACUAAAACAAUUACUUAAUGGCUUAAAUUGUUGUGCAACAUAAUGGGUAAGCUCUGGAUUUAAAAGGUGGAUUUCUACUGCUGUGAGCAUUUUAAAUCAACUAUACAUUUUAAAAAUUCAUAUAAAUAUUGAAAGAGUUUGAGACAACUAAAAGAUGUGCAACAUGAAAAUAUUUAUCCACUUUGCCAGGGUCACACACCAGCCGGCUGAAGUUAAAUGAUUUGGCUAACUCUUCCCAGCUGCGAACACACACGAGAUACCCAUAUCAAACCAAACCCGAAACCAACUCGUCUUUGAGUUCACUCAUGGUCGCCAGCAUUUCUUAUCUGAACCAAAUCUCAAACGAGGCCAAAUCAGGAAGUGCAGUUGCCUUUUAAAUUAAAACCUCUUAAAACUUUAUAUUUUCUCAUAGUUGGGGGUAAAAUAUGCCCAUUUCCACUAUCUUCUUAAUCACAGGUAGUAUUUUGAAAAGGGGUACAUUAUAUAUUUCACAGAGGAAGUAGUAACUUGUUAUCACUGUUUUCCCCUCAUCCCAGACAAUAAGGGAGUUCUAUUAACCUAAGCUGCGGAGCACCGGUCUAUGGCCCGUGACAUGAACGGGCGAAAGCGGUGAGGGAGGAGCUCCCUUCUCAAAUCGAACAGUAAUCUGCGCUGCUCGGUCAUGAUGUCAACAAGGCACCAUGGUGCACCAUCCAGAAACGUACAUCUCUUUUCCAUAAAAUAUAUAACGUUUUAUCUGCCUUCAUUGGGAAGGCAGAUAAAGCAUUUUUAUCAACAGCAAUCACUUUUGCAUGUGAAUAGACAGAGUCCUACUCAUUGCGCCACGUGCUUAAUCUAGCCUAGGCUACGCCGCUUUUGUUUUGAGCCGACUUCACCGUUGGCUUUGAAAGGGGUCACUUGGCUCGCCCCAGGACGUAGCCCGGUUCCAAAACAAAUGCAAUCACUUUUCAGCUGGUGCAAACUCCUCCCACCGGGGUAACCCAGGCCAGAUAAUCAAAUCCCCUCAUUAAACUCACCACUGCCAGCUCUCAUUGGCAUUAAAAAGUGUUAGUCACAUUCGUAAGGUAUGCCCUUUGCACGUAAGGUGACAUAGUGAUACAGAUGAAAACAUGCCUUGAGUGAUCAUAAUGGUUGUGUGGGGUGGGGGUAUGUGGAGCUCCAUUACCUUAGAUCUUAUGAGAGAGUUAUUGACUGGCUCCCAGGCUGGCAUGGGACCAACACUAGCUGAAAAAGAUGAGAUGCCUGAAAAUGACAUAUCCUAGGAAGGGCCUGGUUGCUGCCCAUGAGUUUUGAGGACGCUAGAGAUUGUUGAAAUCCUGAAAGAUGAAGCAACAAUGUGAUAGUGUACUUCAAAUUAUCCACUGCCCCCAACAGCAUAAAUUACAGGAAUGCACUGCAAGGCUGGGCAGAUAUAUGUAAGGUAUGUGUGUUUGUAUGGGUGCCUGUAAGAAUUGUCUUUGUGAAGUAUACAUAUGCAUAUGAUAUGUACUACAGGCAAAUAAUAAAUAAAAACUAUGCUAUGGAA